AGUGGCAAUACCAAAAUGAAAAUACGGCAUAUCAGAAAGUUCUUGCAGAUACCACCCAAAUGUAUGAGAAGAAGAUAGCAGAGUUGAUGAAUCAAUUAGAUGAUGAGCGUGCUCGCUCUGAAAGUGCUGAACAACAAUUAGAUGAGAUGAAGAAGCUAUUAAGUGAUCAUCAAAAGUCAAAGCAGCAACAGGAGAUGGAAAAUUCUACAUCUCAGAAGGCACUUGCAGAAAUCACUCAAAGGUAUGAGAAGAAAAUAGCAGAGUUAAAUCAGCAACUAGAGGAUGAGCAUGCCCGUUUUGCCGAUAUAGAAGAACAGAUGGGAUUAGCGAAGGAGCUUUUAAGUGAUCAUAAAAAAUCAAUCCAGAUUCAAGGUCAGAAAGAGAUUGAUGAGCUUAGAGUGGAAUUACAAGAAAUACAUCAGCUGCAUGGAGCAACAGUAAAUGAACUUCUGUUGUUGAAAACAAAAUAUCAGGAGCUAUUGAUAGAGAAGACGACCAUAAAGGAUGAACUUCAUGUUGUGAGGCAAACCCUGUUAGUUGAGGAAAAACAAAGGAAGGCUUUUGAGAUUGAACUGGUUAGCAUAAAGAAGCUUGUGCCUGAAAGUGAAGAUGGAUAUGAGGACAAGAGAUCAUAUAUGAAAGAAGAUAUAGCUAAAGGGUCUUCAGCAUGUGGCACCCCAUUGGGUUUACAUAAAUCAAACCAAUCAAGGGAAAAUUUUUUGGGUCAGAGGAAUACUAUUGCAAAGAUAUGUGAAGAAGUUGGGCUUCAAAAGAUAUUAGCAUUAUUAACAUCUGGAGAUCUAGAUGUCCAAAUCCAUGCGGUGAAAGUGGUUGCCAAUCUUGCUGCUGAAGAUGUCAAUCAGGAAAAGAUUGUGGAGGAAGGGGGUUUAGAUUCACUGCUCAUGCUGCUGCGAUCAUCCCAAAAUGCAACUAUACUUAGGGUGGCUUCUGGAGCAAUUGCUAAUUUGGCAAUGAAUGAGUUGAACCAAGGGUUAAUAGUGAGUAAAGGAGGUGCUCAACUACUAGCAAAUACAGCUUCAAAAACAGAGGAUCCCCAGACUCUUCGAAUGGUAGCUGGAGCAAUUGCUAAUUUGUGUGGAAAUGAAAAGUUACAUGUGAUGCUGAGAGAAGAUGGAGGUAUCAAGGCACUCUUAGGAAUGGUUAGAUCGGGGAAUAUUGAUGUCAUUUCUCAGAUUGCCAGAGGAUUGGCAAACUUUGCUAAAUGUGAAUCUCGAGGAAUUUGUCAAGGACAUAGGAGUGGACGUUCACUUCUGAUGGAAGAUGGUGUGCUGACAUGGUUGAUUGCCAACUGUAAUACAGCUUCAGCUUCAACUCGGCGUCAUAUUGAGCUUGCUCUUUGUCAUUUAGCACAAAACGAGGACAAUGCUGGGGAUUUUAUUUCAAGUGGAGGGGUGAAAGAGCUUAGUCGGAUAUCAGUUGAGUCCACUAGAGAAGAUAUCCGGAACUUGGCAAAGAAGACACUGAAAUUGAGUUUAGCAUUUCAAGCUGAGAUGCAUGCAGAAUGAACAUGUACAAAGUGAGCAUUUAAAUUCUUUAAAGCUUAUGUUGUUAUCCGUCAGGCUUUUGAUUAUAGAUAGGCCAAUUGGACUGGGGUUUACAUUCAUUUGAAUGCAUUUACCAUUGCUUAGUGCACAACAUAAAGAAGCCUGAUGAGAGUAAUCUCAAAAUUUUGAAGAUGGGAAGCCUGAGCAGGAACCAUUAUAUUUUAGAAAAAUUACAACUUAGGUUUACGCUCCCUUCAUCAGUGUCAUUGUUUCGAAAUCGUAGAAGUAGCCUUUCAAGAAACAUGAUUUGGCAAGACUGUUGAGAGAUCAUUGCAAUAGAUUUGUUACAAUUUAAUUCCUGAGCUGACUGAUUGAUUGUUUAACAUCACGAAGCAAUGUAAAGUAACUGAGUGCUCUUCAUAUUUGAAUUUCUAAAUUUUUAGAUGUACUAGUAUUUUUGGCGAGGUUGGCCUUUUAAUCUUAUGGGCUUUACUAAAUUACGUUUCAAUGGUAUUUGUGAAAAAUUAUGG